AUGUCAAUUCAUUCACAACAAUCAAUUCAAGUUUCAUGCCGAGGAACGAUGAAAUUCAUAAGAAACUUCACUAAUUUAACUACAGUUGCCGAUGUAAUCCAUGCGUUGCUUGAUGAUCUAUGCGAAAAUGAAUAUUUUUCUAUAAAUGAUUGUUGUUUGUACAUUGAACAACAGCCACACUUGAUUCCAUUGAAAAUGACAGACUACAUCGUCGAAAUUCUUUCACAAAACUCACCAAAUGUGCGUUUCAAAUUAUCAUUCAAGCGAACUUCGUCACCGUCACGUUUAGCUCAACGAAAAAAACUCCUUCGUACACCAAUCGAACAGCCAGCAUUGAUAAAUCCCUACGAACGUUUGCGAAUGCAAGAAAUCUUAAUCCAAAAACAACAAGAACUUAUCAAUCAGUUAACCAAAACAUCGACAAGACAUUCGCGACGAGAUGAAUAUCAUCACGCAAUUCAGAAUCGUGAAGAACCGACUCGAUCACUUUCACAGGUUCGAUUUCGUCUGACUCAAACUCAUCAGGAACCUCGGAUAUCGUCGCCGUCGUCGUUAACGGAAGUGAAAAGUAUCCUGAAGAAACCAUCGAUUCAACGAAGUUCAAGUCUCGAUCGAGAUAUCGAUCAACUGAUAUCAUUGAAACCCGGAGAGAACAGUUUGUGCACACUAGAUGAUGAUAAUCUUUCCGACAAAAGCACCACGGAUUCGUGUCUAGGUUCAUUAUCGUCGGAAGACGGUGUUUAUCAUUGUCAUGCAUUAGAAACACUUGUAUAA